ACAGUCACACUUGACAUCAUUCACAGGUCCCAUCUACCCUCCAUCCCGGGCGAUGCCCUCAUCCCCUUUGGGACACAUGGAGGCAGCUUGGCCCAUUGCGUGCGGGAUGCUGGAGGACAGGACCACCUCCCAAAUGCUAUCUAUUUCCUGCUGGGAACUUGGCUGGGCCAAGGGCAGGAUUGCAGGGAGCCCCUGCGGUUUCCCUCUUGGACCCUGCAGCUGGCCACUCUGCACGUCAGCUUUGGUGGCUCCCACGUGGAGGGCCAUGCCUACCUUCUGCCAGGCCACCUGGAGCAUCUCAAGGCCAUUGAGGCCGAACGGAAAGAGCCAGCUCCAAAGCUCCUGCCACUUCCAGAGCCAGAGCCAGUGCCAGCCCCCGGGCUGGAGCCAGCUGCACCUCCAGUCUCACCACGUGUGGUAGAGCUGGAGCCAGCAGCCCCUGAGUCGGCCACUCCAGGACCAGAGCAAGGGCCACCAUUAGAGGCAGCCCCAGAGCCCAGCUGCCCCCGGGCCGUGACCACCGAGGACCAGCUGCGGGAAGAGAAGCUGAACAUCUUGGACUUCCCUCCCCAGCUGGUGGCAGAGCAGCUGACGAGGAUGGCUGCGGAGCUGUUCAAGACGUUGGUGCCCGCCCACUGCCUCGGCUCCAUCUGGUCCGAGUGCGACAACAGGGAACGAGAGUACCUGGCACCCACUGUCCGUGACAGUGUGAUGCACGACAACACCGUGGCCAAUUGCAUCCUCGUCACCUGCCUUGGGGACCCCAGCAUGACAGCGCGGGACAGGGCCAGGGUGGUUGAGCUGUGGAUCAGGGUGGCUGAGGAGUGUCGAGGCCUCGGGAACUUCUGUUCCCUCCACACAAUCCUUUCUGCCCUGCAGAGCCCUGCCAUUGCCCGUCUCCAAGACACCUGGGGACAAGUUUCCAGGGAGAGUUCUCGAACCUGGAAGAAGUGGGUCAGGAGAGAGAAACGCGUGAGCAGGGAGCUGCUAGUGCAGGAGGCGACCUCCGUGUUAAAGACUGCAGAGAGGGCCCGCCAGGGAGCCCAGGAGAGGCAGCGGCAGCAGGGUGUCUUCCCCUCCCUGGUGACGUUCUUCCAUUCCCUGGAGCUGCUGGACGCUACGAUGGAGGAUUAUGUGGAGGUGAGUGAGCCCGGAGGUGGGUCCGGGGGCUCAGGCUCCUGAGGGUGGGGAGGAGAGAGUCCUGUCCUGAGCCCUGAGCUCUCUGCGUUUGGCAAAAGUCCUCUCAGCAGGGCCUCCAGCCUCGUGUGGGAGUUGGGGUGUCAGGCCCAUCUCCCCAGUGGGUGAUGCAGGCUCUGCAUAAGCCACCGUCCAGGUUCCCUGGGCUGAUGAGGCUCAGAGCUGCCUGACUGUGUGGCCGCAGGAGGUGGUGUCUGAGCUGGACUCAGCGUCUCCCUCUGGCCCUGCCAGUGAGGGAAGAGAAGUCGGGCCCCUCCCAGUCAGGAAGCACAUCAGAGGCUGAGCUGUCCCUUCCUGCCUGAGGCCUGAGUCUCCCCACGUGUCAUCAGAGAGGGUUGGGUCACAAGGUCUGUUGCCUCAGUUGCUCUGCGCCCCCUGCUCUGGAGCCCAGAGACUGGCCCAGGUCCAAGUCCGGGCUCUGGAUGGGCCUGCCCACUGGCAGUAGUGCAACAUUGCAAGAGGUGUGGACGGGGGCUAGUGCUGGCCCCAGGGGGCUGUUUCUG